AUGGCGGACGUCUCCAUGAUGGAAGCGCUGGCGACAAGCAACGACUGGAGGGUUCGUUAUGAAAACUUCCUGCGCCUCCGGAGCAUGGGUCCGAAGGUCCUCGCCCAGGAAGCAGAGGCUUUGGAAGGACCCCCAAAAAGGGACCCGGACUGCCCACAAGUUCGAUUUCCCUCACUCAUGCUCCAAACUCACCUCGAUUCCGCAGCACCGCGCCGCCAUGUCGUGCGCGGCUGCGAUCCGCUGUCCUCCGCCGUCCCCGUUCGGGUCCCGGGCGUCCGGGCAGUGGAUCGCAUGAUCCAGGCGGAAGCAGUGCAGGCUGUCCUGGAGGGCUUCCAGUCAGCAGAGGUGGCGGAUAUCCUUGCGAGCCUGAGCAAGUUGGCGGGGCUGCUGAAACUGGCCCGGGAGGAGGCUUGGAGUGGGGAUCGGCAGAAAGUGCUCUCGCUCCUGGAGCAGGCAUCGGCCCAUUCAAGCCACCGCCAGGAGCUGGUAGCCUUCCUCUCGGGCGACGAGGGCUUUUUGAAGGCUGCGGUGGAGAAACUGAGGCAUGCAGCGAGUGCCUCGGGCAAGCCGGUCAUCGCCGAGACGGCCACGCCACAGCGAAGUGGAACGCCCACGAGCGUGAAGCACGUCGUCCUGAACUGCGCCAAUAUUGGCUGCACCUACGGAGAGAACGUCCUGAAGCGAACCAAAGGACAAAACAAGUUUGACUGGAGGGGCGUCGAGGAUGCCUACAACUACUAUGAAGGUGCAGGGUUCAUGGUCCACGCCAUCAUCGGCCAGCGGCUGCUCUCGAUCGUGGGACGUGACAAGAUCUCGCAGAAGUUGGAGUCGGCGCUGGUGGUCAUCCCUUCCCGGGAUGGGCUGGGCGACAUCGACGACUACUCCACCAUCCUCGAAGCAUGGAAGUGGAAGUGUCCUUAUGUCGACAACGACAACUACCGCGGCUGGGGUGAACGGAUGAAGGGUCGGCCAGAAGUGGCAAAAUGGUAUGGGGAAACCAAACGUCAGCUCCACGUCUCCUACUACUUCGACCGCCUGGGGAAGUUCACGCCGCUGCACGGCGCGGCGCCAGCCGCGCAUCCCCACCGGGCUCCGGCUUCUGAGCCUCCUGCGGCCUCUGCGCCGGCUGCUUCAGCUGCCUCGAGCACAUCGGGCUCGAGCCCUUCUACUGCCAGGGAGAGCAGGCAGGCGCCGGGAGAAGGACAAGACGCAGCUCAGAGGGAGAAGCGCGGCGUCCAGCAGGUGCAGGCGCCCGCCAGCAGUGAGCCUGCUGCGAAGCGCCCGCGUGGUGACGUGGAGGUUAUUGAGCUGGGCAAGAACAUCGUGACGCCUCCGACUGGUGGGCCGACAUGGAAAGCCCUGGUGGCCCUUCCAGUCUGGCAGCGCCCCUCAGUGGGGGGGUUUCGAGACCGCCUCCGCACCUUGCAGCCAGGAGCCGUCUUCCGUCAAAUCGCGCAGCAUCCCAAAGAGGGAAAGCCCCUCUGGCUGGCGCUGCAUCCGCGCGGGUGGGUGGAGGUCUCGGGGGCCGAUGGCACAGCCAAUGUCCUGCAGCUCACGUGA